AUGGCUGAGCACCGUAGUAAGCUUCCACCUUCCUUUGAUGGGGAGUCCGAUUUCCAUUUAUGGUCGCAACAAUUUGACGUGUGGGCCGCAGCCCAGGAAUUGGACGACGCCGCCCAGCUGCGGAGCUUUCCGACUUUCCUUACUGGCCCAGCGUUUGGAUUCUACUCAGAGCUCCCGGUAGCGACGAAGGCUAACCUGACCCUCAUACGACAGGCGAUGGCGGGACCGUUCGGACGUCCUGUAUUUUUGGAAGAGUUUCGGCGAGCGGCCAACGCCCGUCCCCGACAUCCUGGUGAAAGUCUGCCGGUCUACGCUGCCGAGAUUCGAAGGUUGGUACGGCUGGCUUAUCCGACAUAUAACGACGCCGCCCGGGCAGGAGUGGCGCUUGACCGUUUCCUCGCCGGGUUGGACCCUGACCUGAAAUACCGAGUUAUGGGUUUCGGGCCGGCCGACGUCGACGCUGCUGUCCGUCAAGCUACCCUGUGUGAGGAGGUGCGGACAUCUGCCGCCCGGGAUGCACAAGCGUACCCUUCAGCCGCACGAGUGUCCGUCGGGCCGUCGGAUCGUGACCUGGCUACUACUGUCGCCUCCCUGGCGACGCAGCUGGCAGAAGUCGUGGAUCUUCUCAAGAAUCAAGCCGUCAACCGUUCUAGCAACCAACGUUCAAGACCUCCACCAGUGUCCAACAGUUCUCCCGCUGAUCGUCGCCGUGAGCCAUCGUCGACCAGUCAGCAACGACGACGCCGAUCUGUCCCCGCCGACGCGCAAUGCUACAGAUGCCAUGGCUAUGGACAUUUUGAGGCGGCUUGUCCUACCCCUUCGGGAAACGGGCUUUAG